CUAUAUGGCUAGCCACACCAAGAAAAGCCGUGGCAUUAGGAAGCUGGGGACAGUCUCAACAGACUUGGUUCGAUGAAGAAGCCCUCCUCUGAAAAAGAAGCGGUUCCUGGUGACAUUCCCAUGUCUGAUAGCUAAGAGGAGCAUCUCCUGGGGGCAGGGGAAAAUGGGACAAAAGGCCUCCUCCCAGCAGGCUCCAAGAAGCCUGGCUCCAAAGGACAGGCAGGAGGUUCUCGCCAUGUGUGAGGUGGUCAGUGCAGCUGUUGCCCACGCGGCGCAGAAGCUGAAGGAGUAUCUCGGGUUUGAGUAUCCACUGAGCAGUCUCGGCCUUGCCGUGGGUACGCUGAGUGAGCUCUUCCUCGUCCACUUCAUCACUUUCUGCCAGGAAAGGGGGGCCGAUGAGUGGCUCACCACCACCCGGAUGACCAAGCACCAGGCCUUGCUGUUCGGGGCAGACUGGAUUUGGACCUUCUGGGGACCUGAUAAGCAGAUACGGCUUCAGGUGGCAGUGCAGGCCCUGAGGAUGGCUGCCCCUCCUCCUCUGUGGGACCCCAAAUCCUGUGAGUCAAAGGGAGAGGAGUCUUGGAAGAAAGGCAGAUUUGAGAAGCUGGAAGAGUUCUGUAACUUGGUGGGAGAGGACUGUCUGGGCCUGUUUAUCAUCUUCAGUGUCCCUGGGAGGCCUAAGGCCAUCAGAGGUGUUGUCCUGGAGAGCGUCAAAAGGGUGAUGGUGGAGAGCCAGCUGCCGGGACGCAAGGCUGUGGAACGGUUCUUGCUGGAGACGGAGGAUUGUGUCUCCAUCAAGGAGCUGCUGGGAAACUGUCUGAGUAAGAGCGAGGGACCAAGUGACAUGGGCAAGGUUUAUAUUAACAUUCUCUAAGCUGGGCAUAUUACUGUGACUCGUCUGUAAGAUAACGCAGAAAUCUGCAGAAUGGGGCUAACCCCCCCACAGUGACUGAA